AUGAUCAUGGACGUCAAAGAGCCCACAGAUGUCGAGACGUCUGCUCAACGCAGAAAUGGCGGUCAUGAUCACCUCGUCCUGAUCCCUCAGCCUAGCACCCACUCUCGAGACCCCUUGAACUGGACUUUGAGGCGGAAGUAUGUCAUUCUCUCCGUGUUAUGUCUGGCUUCCUUCUCCGGCGCAAUUGCGCCUCUGUCGGGACAGCUGAACCUCGGGGAUCAGGAGAAGUUGUAUCAUAAGACGAAGUUGGAAGAGUCUUAUGCGAACUCCGCCGCCUUAGCAGGCAUGGCCGCUGGCCCAUUCUUUUUCGCUCCCAUCUCACAUAUCCUGGGCCGAAGCUCGGUCAUCUUCUGGUGCAUCCUAUGCACACUAGUCUGUCAAAUCUGGGGAGCCGUCAUGACCCACUCCGACGACUAUAUCCCGUAUAUCAUGUCGCGGCUCUUCGCCGGCUUCUUCGGCGCUGUCCCUACAGUCCUGGGCCCGCGCAUCGUCACCGAUCUUUUCUUCCUGCAUCAGCGUGGCCGCGCAUUUACUGCUUUGCACAUGGCUUUCCUGUUCGGAACUAUCGCUGGACCGACUUUCUCCGGGUUCAUCUCCGCGGAUGUGUUUUUCCCCGUAGAGUUCUGGUGGACCGUUGGUCUUCUGGGAUUCACGCUGAUUUGCUGUUUCGGGUUUCUUGAAGAGACUGGGUUCGAUCGCAAAAACUUGGAGAACAAUCCUGAGAUCCCGCGCGGGUUGGUUGCGAAUCGGUUUGCGACUUUCUUCUUUGGGCAGAGUGUUGUGUUGCCGACUACUUGGAAAAAAACUGCCAAAAUCGGCGUUACUCCCUUCCUCAUCGGUAUUUGUCCGGUGACACUCAUCAUGGGAAUCUUCACUCUAAUUUCCUUCGGCUUCUACGUUGGUGUCAAUGCUUUGACUCCAGUCUGGCUCCAGAAACCCGUCGCGAAAGGCGGAUACGGCUUCACGCUCAAGCAAAAUGCCGCCUUUACCUUCUCCCACUGGAUCGGUAUUAUAGUCGUGCUUGUCUUCGGACAUUACCUGAACGACCGCAUCCCACUCACUUUGGCACGGCGCUAUAACAAUGGAGUAUGGAAGCCCGAGUAUCGCCUUCAUGUCCUCUGGAUUCCGAGUCUAGUCAUCAAUCCCAUCGGUCUUGGGAUCUUCGGCGCCGCAUUGCAGUAUCAUCUGCAUUAUAUGGUCUUGGCCUUUGCGGUAUUCUUGGUUACCAUCGGAUCCUUGGCCAGUGUGCCUGUUACCGUCAACUACGUGGUCGAGUGCUUUACGAAGUAUCCUGCUGAAGCGGGUAUCGUGAUUGGUGCUUACCGUAUUGCCUUUGGGCUGACCAUCAGCUUCUAUAUCAAUCCCUGGGUUGCGGCUGUACAUGUGGGCUGGGUAUACGGUAUGAUGGCCUUCUUUGCCGUGUUUUCUUUCUUCUUCGUCAUGCUUCUCAUGUGGAAGGGACAUGCUAUUCGUGGGAUACAGCUUGCUAGUCUGGCCUCUAGUGAGGAAGGUGAGAAGCUGCUGGAGUAG